UGAAAUACAGGAGCGCGCCAAAAACAAAUCCACAUAUUCAGGGAUAGAGAGGGCGAGGGAGGGAAAGAGAGGCGAACAAUGGUGAUGCUGUGCUUCGUGCUGGAUCUCUGCAGUUUGUCACCUCCGUUACUAGGAGACAUCAAGCAGGCAUUAUUGCAAUUGGCGAAUUUCUACGCCAUCUCGUCUUCAAUUGGUGAAAGACCUCAUUCAAAGCCUCUUCCUAAUCGAUUCGGACUUUGUUAUAUCAUCAACAAUCGAAUUUCUAGCUCGAGGGAGCUGAAGGUUGCAUAUAUUCCCAGAGGAGAAUUCAGUCUCCGUGAUUUCCACCAUGCUGUCACUAAUCUGCCUUCUGAUGUCUUCUUGCCCACAUACAGCAGUUCCAAUGAUGUCUCUUGUGAUGAUUUGAAACUCUCAAGCAUUCUGAGUGAUAAAGCAUUAUACUCAUGGAAAGGUGACGACAAAGAUAUUACCAGAAAAGUCAUUCUGAUUGGCUCGAAUUUUGUACAAAAUUUAGACUCCGUUACUAAAGAGGCACUUAUGGAUGCAGCAGAUAAAUGUGUCUCAGUGGAGUUUGUUUUGCUUGAGCAAAAAUCAAGUCAUCUCAGUGAUCUACCUGAAACUAUCAACAAAUUUGAUAAGCAAAUCACUGAACUUGAGAACUGCUCAUUCCGAGCAUUUUUUCCAGAUGGAAAUGUGUUUCGCAUACUGGUUAAACAAUGGCUGCAAGACUUGAAGGAUGACAUGGAGGAACAACUACAAGCUCAAUUCAUGUUCAAGAGAGAUCUUGUAGGCUCUCUGAAGCAGAUAUAUUGCAACCUCUGCUCAUCCUACAGUCCCAUGAUUGAUGGAUUCACACCCUGUCAGACAUGCAGGUGUCAUGGCAUGCCAUUACUGGAUAUACAUGAACAUGGAAAGAAGAGGUCUUGCCCAAUCACAUGCAAUGAUCUUGAACUCUCGGAUAUAUUUGACAAUUCUGUAAAGGUUGGAGAACAAACAGUCCUGUUUAUGCCCUCUUUCUGGUGCUGUUUGAAGCUCCAGCAAGUUUCUUCACCUGUUGAUUUCAAGGUUAUUGAGAGAACUAAUUUAGGAUCUCUAAGUGAAGGUGUUAUUUUUGGGCCUUCCUAUGUUGUAACUCCAUCAAGUUGUCCAGAGUCUGAGGAUUUUGACAAGUCAGAGUUAAAUGCUCAAGUUUUCGGAGGACUUUGUAGUGUUCUGCAUUCUCUGGACCAGGGUCUGGUUUGCUCUUCAAAUUGUAAUAUAGAAACGCUGAAGCAGACUUCCUUCCAGUGCUAUUAUAUAUUGUUACCUUCAGACAAAGGACUAAUGCUUCUCAGGCGGCUGGCAGGAUCAGAGGAAAUCGUGCCUAUCCUUGAUGUCCAUCAGUUAAUUACUUCUUCAACGGCAAAAGAGAUUGAAACCUCUGUACGAACCUCUUUACUCAAGAUGGAAGCAAGAGAUUACAAUCCUGUCCUGCAUGAGAGGGGAUUCCAUCAAAAACUGAAUGUGCUUGUAAAGGAAAGUCUACAAUUCGGCUCAUUACCUCAAAAAUUGAAGGACAAGAGCCAUGAAUCCAUCUCUACCCGGCAAAGUUUUCCAGAAGAGAUUGUGUUACUAAAGCAAGCUGCCAAUUUUGUAACCAUAGGAGAGGAACUACCACAAUUAGAGUCAAAAUCCGAAAAAGAUGGAAAUCCUGAGCAUGUUGCUAUGGAGUGGGAACAGCUACUUGGGAAUGGAAGCCCAGAGAUAAAUUUUGUAAAAGAGACCAAACCACUAAAGCUAGCUUCUGACAUUGUACCUAUAGAAGAGGAAGUAACAGAGCAGGAUCCUAAACCUGGAGAAGACAGUACGACCGCACGCAUUGCAGAAGAGUGGGAACAGUUGAUUGUUAAUGAGGUCCCUAGGAGACAGUCUCCCACUUGCAUUGCGAAGCCUAAGUUUGACCAAGCUGUUUUUUCAUUACCAGAGAUUGGUAGUAGACAUCUGGAUGAAAAAACUUCAAGAAUACUAGAAAGGCUGGAGGUACCAAGACAAAUGAGGAAAAAACUAGCUUCACCUAAAAUUACAAGUGGUGUCAUUACAGAAGAAUGUGUGCUGAUAAAAAAACCUCUCAUUCCAUUUGGACCUGCUAAUGCUGCAGAUCAGGGCACGGUAGGAAGCCAGUCCAGCCAGCCAAUGAAACCCAAUUUCCAGAGGCUGAAAAGGAAACUAAGAUAAGAAAAGGAUGCUGUGAGUGUUUCCUGCAGACCAGAGUUACCACAGAGAAAUGGCACAUAAGGUUUUUGUUUCUUACUCUUUAUUUUCCUUUUGUGCCUCUUCUGCCACUUGUACAUUUUGUUUGCGCAUUUGUGCUUUUACUUGUAUCAGACCGUUUACAUGCUGUGGGUGCUACCUUCUUAGAAACUGGUCUUUCAAAUGGCAAGAACCUAGCACUCUGCCUGGAUUCUAAGCAUUUAGAAAUUUAAGGGACAUGUAUAUACCCAAUCAGGAUAAAGAAUCAACUUAAAUCUGCAGCCUUUUUACUCA